AAACAACAGCUGAGUUAAGCAGACACGGCGGUGACAGGUUAGGUUGAGCGGAGGAGGCCUUCCUGAUCGUAGUUAAAGGAGCUGGAGACAGGAUGAAUGUUGGUGUCGCUCACAGUGAGGUUAAUCCAAACACCCGGAUAAUGAACAGCCGGGGAAUCUGGCUGGCCUACCUCAUUUUAGUCGGAAUUCUCCACGUCGUCCUGCUGAGCAUUCCAUUCUUCAGCAUUCCUGUGGUGUGGACCCUCACUCAUGUCAUCCAUAACUCGGCAAUGUAUUGGUUUCUGCACACGGUUAAAGGAACACCAUUUGAAACUCCUGACCAGGGAAAGGCACGAUUACUUACACACUGGGAGCAAAUGGAUUAUGGGAUUCAGUUUACGUCUUCACGCAAGUUUCUCACCAUCACUCCAAUAAUUCUGUAUAUGCUAGCAAGUUUCUACACUAAAUAUAAUGUUGUUCAUUUCCUGGUGAACACCACAUCUUUGCUCACCGCACUCAUUCCCAAACUCCCACAGCUGCACGGUGUCCGAAUCUUUGGCAUCAACAAGUAUUGAGUGGGUGCAUGACCUCUGGGUGAAUGCUGAAAGGUGAUGCUGCCAGUAGCUCCAAACAACCUAAGAAAGGGAGCAGCAUGAGCAAUGGGCAUAAUGUACUGAGACAAUGACUGAUGAAGGAACUGCUGGCACUACCUCUUGAAACAUCAACUGUUUUCUUACCUGCACAAGUGAAAGAUUUUGUAUGUGUGAGUUUACUCCUGUGUAUAAGCUGCUCAUGUAUAAUUUUGUACUUUUUUUCUCCUUCUUUGCAUUAUAUGUAUACAAUUAAAAGAGUUUACGUCAAUAA